CGCUGUGCUGGAUGACAGCUAUCCGGCGGCGCCGAAACACCGAUAGACUCUCAGACGAAAAAGCCAUGGCGGCCACGGGUGGAGGGAAAAUUAGAAGCAGGAGAUAUCAUAUCGCCUCUAAACCUUACGCCAAGAGUAAACAGCAGCAGUCAGGCCUCAUCAGUCGAGUGACGGACACAGUAAAGAGCAUCGUUCCUUCCUGGCUGCAAAAAUAUUUCAAGAAUGAAGAUGCUCCUGAAGGAGGAGGGGCUGUUCUGGGGACAGAGCAGAACUGCCAGCCACCUCCUCCUCCUAAUGGCAGCGAAGAGGGACCUCUUCCCUUCGAUGGACGUGAUUCCCCAGAGCCAAGCACCAGUAAUGCAGAGCCCUCAACCAGCCGGGCAUCCCUGAACUUUCAGGAGUAUGUGCUAUCUCGACCUCCUCUGAGUCGUUCUCACCUCCACUUUCCCCCGCUGGAUGCCUCUUCGCCGACCUUGGGGGCCUCCAGCAGCCUCUUCUCCCAACCAUCCACCUCCUCAGCCCCUGGACCCUUUUCCACAGGCUUCUCUUUGGUCAAAGAAAUCAAAGAUAACCUCUCUCAGCACGAAGAUGAUAACAUCUCCACCACUAGCGGCUUUUCCUCCCGUGCCUCAGACAAAGAUGUCCCUACUUCCAAAACGGCAUCACUUCCCCAACUUUGGUCCCCAGAGAUGGACAGAACACACUCUGGGCCUCAACAUGCCCAGUCCAGUCUGAAAAGGCCUGCUUUCAACCUGUCUGUAUUUGGAACUUCCUCCAAUUCAUCAUUAAACAGCACAGUGCUAAACUCCAGCCAGCUUGGCGAUUCACCCUUCUACCCCGGGAAGACCAUGUAUGGUGGAGCUGCUGCGGUCAGGAGCUCUCGUGCUCGUCCUGGAACACCGUACCAGGCCCCAGUGAGGAGACAGAUCAAGGCCAAGCCUGCUGGUGCUCAGCCCUGUGGGGUGACGAGUGCCACAGCCAGACGCAUCCUUCAGUCCUUGGAGCGCAUGUCAAGCCCGCUGGCUGAUGCCAGGAGAAUCCCAGCAGCAGCUGCCUCCUCCCCCCUGUCAGCAUCAAUGGAUGGCACAAAUCUAGAUGUUUCACCUUUCCAGUCGAAAAAAAAACGUAUGGAUUCCACCCUCCCACCGGUGCAGAGGUUGGUGGUUCCUGCUGCAGUGUCGGUCUCAGGAAACCGCUCUGUCUCCUUCAGGCCGACGCUGACUCCUGGAGGAGUGAGCCGAACUCUGGACAGGACCCCAAAAGACACGCCCACAAGACAAUCACUGCAACUACCUGAAGCAACCCCAGGUCCAUCUCGAAGCACAUUGGGUUCCGGUAGCCCAGCCUAUCCUCUGUCCAGCACGCCUGCAGCCAGCAGCGUGAGCUCUGGAGGAGGCAAGAUGAAGAGAGAGAGGACCACUACACGGCCUUCCUCUAAACACCCUGAAGAGGAGGAGGUGUCUGAGGUACUGGACCUACCAACCAUUUCACUUCCCAUCAGCACCUCUGCCUUGCCCACCUUCAGCUUCUCCACACCUCUUCCACCUCUCACCACCUCCACCACCAUCAGCACGGCCCCCAAUCUCACACCUGUGACUCCCGCUAAGGAAACGGUCACAAAUAAGGAGCCACCAACGACCUCGACACCCCUCUGUGCACCGUAUACAUUUUCCUCCCCUAUUGUCAAAGCAACUGCUGCUAGUCCUCCUUCCUUUUCCCCCUCAGCUGGAUUCACGUUUAGUGCACCUGUAGCAAAGUUAGCUCCCUCCAUGUCAAAUGGGAAGCUGGCCUCUCCCAUAGUGGCUGCAGUGAAGGCAGUAGCUAGCAAAAGCACAGAAGAUUUUGAAGGACCCUUCAAACCAGCUAAGACCCUGAAGCAGGGCAGUGUGCUGGAUCUUCUCAAAGCACCUGGCUUUGCCUCUCCUGUUGUUCGGACUUCCCCCGGCCCAGACAACGCUCUCCUGCAGAUCUCCACACAAUCCACAGCCCCCUCCUCCACCACCUCAACCACCUCCUCCCUCUCUUCAACAGCGUUUGGCGAUGCAUUCAAAGCCCCGCCAGGCUGGAGCUGUGAUGUCUGCAUGGUGCAGAACAAGCCAUCAGACACAAAGUGUGUUUGCUGUACAGCACCACCGCCCAAUUUCUCCUCUUGCAAGUCUAUGGACAGUAAACCUUCAGCCGCCACCUCGGUUGGGCUAGAGAGCAGCGGCAGCAUGAACACCACCUCCACCACUACAACCACUGCAGGUUUUGGCACAAUGUUCUCCAAACCUGCAGGAACUUGGGACUGUGACACAUGCCUUGUUCUAAACAAACCUGAAGCAGUAAAGUGUGUGGCCUGUGAAACGGCCAAACCUGGGACAGGGCUUAAACCCUCACUGACUCUUCCUUCUGCCUUCUCAGCUGUUAAGACUGUAUCCACACCCACAGCCCCCCUUUCUACAGGGUUCAUUGGAUUUGGAGACAAGUUCAAAAAACCUGAGGGUGCAUGGGAAUGUGAUACAUGUUUGGUAGAAAACAAGGCAGAGGACACAAAGUGCGUGGCCUGCAUGAGCGCUAAACCAGGAGCUUCAGCUGGAGCCUCUUCAGCCAGCAGCGCUCCAGUGUUUGGGUUGGGAGACGCAUUCAAGAAGCCAGAGGGCGCCUGGGAUUGUGAUGUCUGUCUUGUACAGAAUAAGGCUGUUGAUGUACAGUGUGUUGCCUGUCAGGCAGCCAAACCUGGAGCUAGCGUGGAGCCCAAAGCUUUUGGUUCGUCUUUUGUUUCAUCAGCUGGGGGGACUUCCGGCUCUAGUUCUGGAGGUUUUAAGUUUGGCACAUCAGAUAGUACGUCUGUAUCUGGUUUCAAGUUUGGAGGCUCAUUGACAGAGUCCUCAUCGUCAGGUGGAUUCAAAUUUGGAGUCCCAUUUGGAAGCUCCUCCUCAGAAACAACUUCUAAAGACGAUACUGCCUCAUCAGGGUUCAAAUUCGGCAGCUCAUCUGAGGGCUUUAAAUUUGGGGCUGCCUCUGGUGAUGACAAAAAGUCAGACGAACCUGCCACAGGUUCUGGGUUUAAGUUUGGAGCCAGCGGUGGGAUAGCAUUUGGAACUGGAUCAUCUAGCACAGUAAAUGACUCCCCUAAGGGUGGCUUCACUUUUGGACUGUCAAAACCGGAAGAGAAAACCUCAGACACCACUUCUUCCUCUGUUAGUGUCACUCCUCCUGCUUCCUCUCAAGAGAAAAGUGACAAUGCAGCAUCAUCAAAUGACACCACAUCCACCAACUCCUCCACCACCACCACAACUACCACCACUGGGUCUGUAUUUGGGAGAUUGGGCGAGCGAAGUUUGGCGGCCACAACACCGCAAGGUGGCUCUACGUUUGGAUCCUUACAGGCAGACAAAGAGCCAGCUGCUCCCACCUUUACCUUUGGGAAGCCAGAGGAAAAGAAGGAAGCCACUGCCUCCUCAGCUCCAUCUGCCUUCCUCUUUGGUGCUGCUAAUAAAGAUGCAGAUGCUGCACCGGCCGCCUCAGGAGGAUUUUCCUUCAGCAAGCCCAGUGCUCCAACAGAACAACCUCCACCUGCGUAUAAUUUUGGCAAGCCAGCAGACAAGAGUGAAACGUCUACCGCUGAGGCUUCAACGGGGCCCUCUUUUACCUUUGGACAAAGUGCUACAGAGUCUUCUGCUGCUCCAAAACCCGCAUUUUCCUUUAUGGCUAGUAAUCCCACCAACACCGUCAACUCCACCACCUCGUCGUCCACCACCCUGACACCCAGUCUGUUCGGCGGCAGCAGCAGCUCCACUCAGGCUCCUGCUCCUUCUGCAGCUCCUAGCAAUUUCAUGUUUGGUCAGCCUGCUGCAACCGCAAGUGAUGCUCCUCCAGCUAAAGCCUUCGUCUUCGGCCAGAGUCAGGACAGCCAGCCGGCUGCCCCGUCAGCUGCUCCUCUGAACUCUACUCCAGCCCCAUCUCAGCCCUUCCUCUUUGGUGCUCCUGCCAGUGCUGCUGCUCCUCCUCCAGCUGCUGCUCCAUCCUUCGGCUUUGGAGCAGCAGCCACCGCUCCUGCUGCGGCUGCUGCUGCCUCCUCUUCAGCUCCAUCUGCAGCUCCCUCCCCAUUUGCAUUCAGCUCGGCCUCCUCUGGUGGAUUCGGAGCCAACCAGGCUCCUUCAUUCGGUUCAUCCUUUGGAUCCCCCUUCACAGCCACACCUUCCCAGCCCCCAGCAUUCGGAGCCAAACCCAAUGCCGCCCCUGUCUUUGGACAGCAAACCAACUCCACACCUGUAUUCGGCGCAGCUGCUAAUUCUGCACCAGGUGGAGGCUUUCAGUUUGGAGCAGCCAGUGCAUUUGGAGCCACAAACAACGCCUCAGGAGGAGUGUUUACUUUUGGAGCGGGAUCAGCAGCUUCUCCUGCCCCCCCAGCCAACCCCUCCAUCGCACCCCACCCAGGACCGCCUGGAGGUGGAUUCAACUUUUCACAACCCCCCGCAUUCAAUAUGGGGUCAGCGAAGUCCUUCACCGCCUCCCCUGCUGGACAGCAAGCGAUUGCUGGGCGAAAGAUCAAGACUGCGGUGCGACGCAGAAAGUAGAGCCCAGUGGACUCUACUAUAAAGUAGACUUGACUUUGACUUGACUGUAUCCCCACUGAAGGCUGAGUAAAGUCCUGGAAAGGUCUCAUCUAGACAAACACUGAAAUGACUGCGUGAGAAGAAGGGCAGAGGCUUUGGGCCACUUGGUGCUCGGGCUGGACGGUAAGGCCUUGCUUCAGCUGUAGGCUGGGCUGAUUAUUCGGAGGUUUUCACAUGUAGACUGGAGCUGUUAAUAUGUGAGACUAAUCCCACAGGACUUCACCUGAAAAACUGUUGACUGAACAAUGACACUGACUUAGAAAACAACAAUCAAGCAAGGACCCCUGCUCAACAUGAUGAAACAACAAGACCGUCAUAUCUAUAUUUUCAACACUGGCAAAUGUCUGCUAGACUUUAGGCAUGACUUUUUGUAAUAAAAUUACAAAGGCAAAACUAAAG